CUUUUUGAAGAGUAAAUUAAAUUGAAAAUUUUUAUUUAAAAGGAUGUCUUUUAUUUUAAAAGUUACAAAAUGAAAUAAACUUGCUUGUAAUUGUUUGCUAAGGUUUGUAAAGAGGGCUAUGCGAAUUUUUAUACAAAUUUUUACAAACAAUAACAAACUUUUACAAACAUGGGUUGUUUAUUUUGAAAUAACAAACUUGGAGAUUAAAAAGUAAUCUCCUUUGACAAAAAAGGGCUUUGACUCCUUUUCACUUCCAUGUUUGUUAAAAAAUGUAUGGGAGUUACAAACUUUGACAAACUCAAAUACAAACCUUUUUUUUUCAGAGAAGAAAAAAGUCUUUAAAGAGUCAUCAUGAAUCUUUAAAGAAAACAGAAUCCUUUACAAACUCUUUAAGAAUUAGAGAGAAAUAAUUAAUGAAUUCUUAAGGAUAGCACUGUACCUACAGAGUUAAAACCAUUUGCAUUAAAUAGAAUCCUUCUCUCGUUUAGAUUUGAAUUUUUAUGAACAUUUUAUUCAAUUUAUUUGAACAAUCGCCCACACAUGCGCUCAAAUAUUAACGGUGCUGUGUAGGGAAUAAAUAAAAAGGGCAGCCGAUGGUGGUCAAGAGGUACACUUGACGGUCACAUCUUGCGAGGAAAACACGAAAUUUUCCUCCAAAAUUUCUGGGAAUUUGUGGAAAAUUUCCAAGUAAUUUGUGGGCAGAGGGUGAAGAAAAGUGUGUGUGUGUGAUACAAUGAAAUUUCAAAUUGUGUCUCUAAUCCUCGCCGUGGUGGUGUAUCCUGGUGCAACACUCGAAAUAUCCACCGUCCUGGAUGCUGCUGGUUCCCCCAAAGUUGCUACUCUUGGAUGCCACCGACGCCUGUACACGUACCGCGUGACUCAGACGGAUCACAAAGGACGUGAAUGCUGGGACAGUGUGAGCGUGAUGAGUUGCUGGGGAAGAUGCGAUUCCAAUGAAAUCUCCGACUGGAAGUUCCCCUUUAAGCGCUCCUACCAUCCCGUAUGUGUCCACGCUGGACGUUCCGCCGCUGUGGCCAUCCUCAAGAAUUGCCAUCCUGAUGUGGAACCCGAAACAAGGCGCUAUCACUACACUGAGGCCAUUGCGUGCCACUGUCAAACAUGCUCCACGUACGACACGAGCUGUGAAGCUCCCAAGGAGACACACGAUGAAUCCGCUGUGAGGGUUCUCACAGUCACCGGAACAGGAUCUGAGGCAUCAGAUUUGGAUUACUAAAACCUCCCUCGAUGGCAGUUCAUAAGAAUAAAAACUGGAUUAUUUCCUUGCGAGAGAUUCCCCCAAUAAAUCCUGCAAAGUAGAAGACAUUUUUUGAUGAUUUUUAACGGUUUGUGUGGGCGGGAACUUGAUCAAAGGACUUUUCUUAAUUUUAAGAUCCUUGAAAGCUUCUUUGGGUUUGAAUUUAACGUUUCAAAAGGAUCUUUUAUACAUUUUUUUAUCUCUUCGGUUUAUUUUUAAAAAGUGAGUGAAAAUUAACAAGAAUUAUGGAAAUUUUUAGGCGCAAUUUUGGAAGAAAAUCAGCAUAGAACCCUAAAAUUUCCUUUAAGUUCAUUUAUAAGUUUUCUUUUAAAUAUUGUUUCUUGGAUAUUGUGAAAAGGAUUCUCCUGAAUAGACGAAAGGUCUGUGCCUUUAGGAACACAAAUCUUUAAAAAAAAAAUAGGGAAUUUUCUUCUUUAUUUUAUAAAUGAAUAAUGAAUGAAGAGAAGAAUUCAAGUCAUUCAUAAAAAUUUUGCAAACACUCAAGCAAAAUUUACAAAGUUUCUAAUGGGACUUAUUUAGCCCCUAAGAAACUCUUGAAAUAUUUGAAUGUCGUACUGAAAUUUCAAGAUUUUAAGCGAAUUUCAAGAGUUUCUUAGUCGCUGAAUAAGGCCCAAUUUUUUCCAUUUUUUCAAAAGCUAGAAAAAUCAUUUGUGAGAAUCUCUUGCUUAAAAAAACACGUGCUAAACGACCUGGGACCACUCUUCCUUGAACGAACAUAUUGCAACCACCAUAAGAUGAAAGUGAAAGAAAAACAAACCUCAAAGCACCUGCCAUGACAAAAAAAUUGUAUAAAGAAAAAGAAAAUAAAUUUAUCUGGAU